AUUCCAAGGUUUUAAAUGGCCAAGAGUUUGCUUUGUCAUAUAGAUUCUUUCUGACACAGCAGACGCUUCCUUCGCACACGAGAAUCAUGGCAAGGCAGGUCACGGCAGGUGACUGGGUUACUGCAGCGAGCGACAUGGCGGAGCAGGUGGCCCUGAGUCGGUUGCAAGUGUGCGGGAUCCUGAGGGAGGAGCUGUACCAAGGCGAUGCCUUCCACCAGUCCGACACCCACAUCUUCAUCAUCAUGGGGGCAUCGGGAGAUUUGGCCAAGAAGAAGAUCUACCCAACCAUCUGGUGGCUGUUCCGGGAUGGGCUCCUUCCGGAUGACACCUUGGUAGUGGGUUAUGCCCGCUCCCGUCUUACGGUGGCCGAUAUCCGGAAGCAGAGUGAGCCAUACUUCAAGGUCACCCCGGACGAGAAGGAAAAGCUAGAGGAGUUCUUUGCUCGUAACUCUUACGUGGCGGGUCAGUAUGACAGUCGGGCCUCCUUCGAGCAGCUCAACACGCACAUAAACUCCCUGCAUCACGGGCAGAAGGCCAACCGCCUCUUCUACCUCGCUCUGCCGCCCUCCGUCUACGAGCCCGUCACAAAGAACAUCAAGGAGACCUGCAUGAGCCAAGUGGGCUGGAACCGUGUGAUUGUGGAAAAACCAUUUGGGAAGGACCUGCAGAGCUCAAACAAGCUGUCCAAUCACAUCGCCUCGCUUUUCCAGGAGGACCAGAUCUACCGGAUCGACCAUUACCUGGGCAAGGAGAUGGUGCAGAACCUCAUGGUACUCAGGUUCGGCAACAGGAUCUUCGGGCCGAUCUGGAACCGCGACAACAUCGCCUGUGUGAUCCUCACCUUCAAGGAGCCCUUCGGCACCGAGGGCCGCGGGGGUUAUUUCGACGAAUUUGGAAUCAUCCGGGAUGUGAUGCAGAACCACCUCCUGCAGAUGCUGUGCCUCGUGGCCAUGGAGAAACCAGCCUCCACCAACUCGGACGAUGUCCGUGAUGAGAAGGUGAAAGUCCUGAAGUGCAUCUCGGAAGUGAAGGCGGACAAGGUGGUCCUGGGGCAGUAUGUAGGGGACCCAGCUGGGCAAGGAGAGGCCAAGAAGGGCUACUUGGAUGACCCCACGGUGCCCCAAGGUUCCACCACUGCCACCUUCGCUGCUGUGGUUUUAUACGUGGAGAACGAGAGAUGGGACGGGGUCCCCUUUAUCCUGCGCUGCGGCAAGGCCCUGAACGAGCGGAAGGCGGAAGUUCGGCUCCAGUUCCAGGACGUGGCCGGCGACAUCUUCCAUCACCAGUGCAAACGGAACGAGCUGGUGAUCCGCGUGCAGCCCAAUGAGGCCGUCUACACCAAGAUGAUGACCAAGAAACCGGGGAUGUUCUUCAACCCCGAGGAGUCGGAGCUAGACCUGACCUACGGCAACAGAUACAAGGAUGUGAAGCUGCCAGAUGCUUAUGAGAGACUCAUCCUGGAUGUCUUCUGUGGGAGCCAGAUGCAUUUUGUUCGAAGUGAUGAGCUGCGGGAAGCUUGGCGGAUAUUCACCCCGCUGCUGCACAAGAUCGAGAAGGAAAAGGCCAAACCCAUUCCCUAUCGCUAUGGCAGUCGUGGCCCAGCUGAGGCAGACGAGCUGAUGAAGAGGGUGGGAUUCCAGUACGAGGGCACCUACAAGUGGGUCAACCCCCACAAGCUCUGAGCCGGGACCUGGAGUCAGCAGCUGCUCAUCUCAUCAGCAGCGGAAGCCACCGGGCCUGCCUCUGCCCCACCUCCAUCCCUCCCUUCCCUCCCUCCCUUUGUCCCUCCCUUCCUCCUCAGCCCCAAGAGAUGCAUCUUCCCCCCACCCACUCCAUCUGUGUCCAGCCGCCUGAGGGUGAGCAGACCAGACCCUAGCACCCCGUCUGUGUCCCUGUGUCACCCGUCUAACUUGUGCAACGCCUUCCCCAGUUACUCUGAAGGGACCACGUGGCCGGCCUUUGAAACAGAUCCUCAGCAGAGUCGAGACACUCCAGGGGCAGCGGGACCAAGAGCCAGUCAGGGUGAUGCUCCUCCCCGCGCCCCCCUCUCCAGCCUCUCGGGCGUUCGUCCCCACCCCCGCCUCUGGUACGGGCAGCCACCCGCACAGGGCCUCAGCGGCCACAUCAGGGAGGACUGCUCUGCCUGAGCACAUCAGCUGAUGGGAGCGUCCGGUCCACCUCCCACUCCAAGCCCACUGGGCCCUCGUACGCGGUGUGGACCUGACUGGCGACCACAGGCCAAACUGUUUACAGCAUCUGGGUUCCCCGUAGCCUCCCUCCCUACCCGGCUCCACACCCUUUCCCCUUCCUAGUCUCCUUUGUGUUUGCCUCUCCCACCUAGGUUUGAAAACCAUUGACAUUCCACAGUGAUGGGCAUUGAAAGUUGGCUUUAUUUUCCUAAAAACUGCUGUUUUUUUGGUUUUGGGGUGUUUUUGUGGGAAAUCCUGGGAGAGAAUCCCAGACUCAAGGAUUUGGUCUCUCCCUGUACGAGCAGGCGGGUCCCGGCUCUACCUGGAGCCACGGACCGCUCACCAGCCUCCUUCGGAGACGGGCUUUAACUACUCCUCGACCGCAACUCAGUCGCCUGGGGCGGGCCUCCAGCAGAACAGGACACAGAGAACCCUGACUCCUUAGCCCUCUCCCCUGGAUGGACUGCAAACCCUGCCUGAGCUCAGCUCGGGUCACCUAACUAUUCCCCAACUCCCUUUCCCCACCUCUGAGCUGAGCCCAAGUCACCAUUAAAAUAUACACAGUGCA